UUAGAAUAUUCUUUAGACGAUAUAUAGGUUAAAAAAACAAUCACGACAAAUUAUCGAUGCAUAAUAUUUUGUUGCGCGGAAUGCUUUUUACAAUUGCUUAUAUCCUGUUAAGACUGGAACUUACGAGUGGCUAUGCCUAUGUUAGUAGCGACCCAUGUAGUUACCUGGAUUGUGGGAUUUAUGGUACGUGUGAAGUCAGUAAUGGGCAAGCGUACUGUAGAUGCCUGACCUGCUAUUCCCACUCGCUUACCAGUUAUUGCUCAAUAUAUACCACUCCAUGUUCUAUAAUUGUGUGUGUCCGAGGCACCACUUGUGUUGUGAAUCCUGAAGACGUCUGCAGCGCAUCGUGUAGGCAUAUCAACUGCCAACCCUGUUACUCUGGCUACGAUUGUUCAAUAUAUACAAAUCCGUGUACGUCACUUCAGUGUGCAGAUGGAACUGCGUGCGUAGUCAGCCCUCAAGACGAGUGCAGUGCAUCGUGUAUCAACUGCCCGCUAUGUUACUCUGGCUACGCCUGUUCAACUUAUUACAAUCCUUGCAGUGAUGGGUAUUGCUUCAACGGCGGAUCUUGUGCUUUAGACACUUCCAGAGGAAAAUGUGAAUAUAGAUGCGAAUGCACCGAUGGCUUUACUGGUAUAUUUUGUGAACAAAGUGUAGACCCUUGCGCAGGUGUGAUAUGUGAAAAUGGCGGGACAUGUGUGGCAGACACAAGCCAAUCUCCUUCUGGAUAUAAUUGCGAAUGUGUGGAAUGCUACUCGGGACCCAAUUGUAAAACUUAUACUAGCUGUAGUGUUACCGGUGACUGUACUAUCGGAGUAUGCACGGUUGAUCCAGAUAACCCAUGCGCGUUCCAAUGCACGUGUGAACCCUGUUAUUCAGGUGUUCCAUGUACGGUGUAUACUGAUCCAUGUCAAAACAUAAGGUGUGCAGUGGGCACAUGUGUGCCGGACAUUUCUAAUGGACAGUGCGGCGCAUUGUGUUUGUGUGACCCACGAUGCUACUUUGGUACACUCUGUGAAUUAUACAGCAACCCUUGUGAAAAUAACCCAUGUGGUGCUUUUGGUACAUGCGUUGCAAACGGAUGUGACUUUGAUUGCGAAUGUCAACCGUGUUUCAGUGGAGACCUAUGUAAUCAAUUUGAAAAUCGUUGCGCCGGUGUUGUUUGUAUAUUUGGUGGUACAUGCCAACCAACAUCAGUCAAUGGCCUGUGUAGCUUCCAGUGUCCAUGUCCAAACUGUUAUUACGGACCGUCCUGUGAACAUUAUACCAACCCAUGUGAAAACAACCCAUGUGGUGCUUAUGGAAUUUGUGUUCCAAACGCAUGUGAUUUUCAGUGCGUUUGUCAGCAAUGUUACAUUGGGGACCUAUGUGACACAUAUCUGAACAAUGCGUGUAAUGAACUCGUUUGCCUAAAUGGUGGAGUAUGUCAAGCGACCACUUGUAAUAUGUAUACAUGUGCUUGUCCCACAUGUUACACUGGAACAGAUUGUGCUGAACUUUUGCCUAUUUCUUGCCAGACAACCAGUUGUCAAAAUGGCGGGACGUGUGUUCCAAACAGUCUUAUUGUUGUGGGAUUCACAUGUAACUGCAAGAGUUGUUACUCGGGAACGUACUGUGAAAUAUAUACAAAUCCAUGUAAUUCACUUCAGUGUACCAAUGGCUGUGUUGUGAGCGAUCAGGACGACUGCAUUGCAUUGUGUAUAAACUGCACUCCGUGUUAUUCCGGCUACGAAUGUCUAAACUAUAAUGAUCCUUGCGGUGAUAUAUAUUGCUUCAAUGGUGGGACUUGUAUUUCUGAAUCUGCCAGCGGAAAAUGUAGAUACAGAUGUAAAUGCAUCGAUGGCUUUUUUGGUACAUUUUGCGAGCAAGUUUGGCCUAACUUUUGCCAGUCUGUCAGUUGUGAAAAUGAUGGUACGUGUGUUCCAAACAGUCCUAUUGUCGGGGGAUUUACAUGUAACUGCAGGAGUUGUUACUCGGGAACGUACUGUGACUUAUAUACAAAUCCGUGUACGUCACUUCAGUGUACUGAUGGAACUGCGUGCGUUGUCAAUCCUCAGGACAAGUGCAGCGCAUCGUGUAUCAAUUGCCCGCCAUGUUACUCCGGAUACGCCUGUUCAACUUAUACAAAUCCGUGUGCGUCAAUUCAGUGUGCUAACGGAACUGCGUGCGUUGUCAACCCUCAAAACGAAUGCAGUGCAUCUUGUAUCAACUGCCCGCAAUGUUACUCUGGCUACGCCUGUUCAACUUAUACAAAUCCGUGUACGUUACUUCAAUGUGCUGAUGGAACCGCGUGCGUUGUAAACCCUCAAGACGAGUGCAGUGCAUCGUGUAUCAUCUGCCCGUUGUGCUACUCAGGCUACGCUUGUUCAAUUUACAACAAUCCAUGUAAUGGCGUUUCUUGUUAUAAUGGUGGUACUUGUGUAGUUGAUUUCUCAAACACUGAAUGUGGAUACACUUGUGAUUGCAUCCAUGGAUACAGUGGUACAAACUGUGAACAAAUCUCAAAUAAGCUCAUGGUUUAA